GGAUGUUGAAUAACUGAGGAGGGAGAAUGACUGAGCGAGGAGGGCUGAGGUGCAAGUAAAGAUUUCUGUGACAACGGACUUUCCAAGUGAGACAGGGCGGAGGUAUAAGCUAUGAAAUAUUGCAUAAAGCAGAGAGACUUUUCCUGAGGAUGUCCUAAAAUGGUUUCCAUAUGUACGGGCUGGUUCCAGCUGCAGAGGCAGCAAGUAGAUGUAGUGCUCUGCCAUCUGGAACUGAAUCUGGAGUUCAGGAGUGCAAGUACCGAGCUUCAGUGCCAGUGAUGCCUGCAGGUCUCUAGUUCUCAUCUGGUACAUUACAUGGUUGGAUUGUUCCCGGUAACACGUGCGACACCCCAUGACGUGAGAUUUCUAACCCUGUUUCCUACAGGGUAGACAAUGUCGAUGAUGUUUGGGAAGCCAAGAGCUCUGAAUAUUGUUAACAUUUCUGGGGCUAAUGAGCGCAACGUGCACUUGGAAUGUAACAUUGUGCUGCUGGGGUGCAGAGGGGCUGGGAAAUCAGCUCUGACAGUGAAGUUUCUCACCAGGAGAUUUAUAAGUGAAUAUGACCCCUUCCUUGAGGACACGUACACCUCGGAGGAAGUAGUAGACCAGCAGACAGUCCUUGUAAGGGUUAUGGACACUGCAGACCAGAAUGGGCCUGUGAAUCCGGAGCGGUAUUUACACUGGGCAAAUGCCUUUCUAGUUGUGUACAGCAUUGAUAACAAGAAGAGUUUUGAGGGAUGUUGCCAGUACCUUGAUAUCAUUUCUCAGUAUAACAGAGGCACCCUCCAUGAGAACCCUGUCCUACUGCUGGGGAAUAAAUUGGACAUGGAGCGAUACAGGCAAGUCAGUAAGGCAGAUGGUUCAGCUCUUGCCUCCCGCCACGGCUGUUUGUUCCGUGAAGUCUCUGCCUGUCUGGAUUUCCGGUUGGUGCAGCAGGUUUUCCAUGAGGCUAUUCAAGAGGUCAGGAAAGAAGCUGAGAGGGCUGCGCUCAUCAAACCACCACUUUACAUCAGUGAGGACAGGGCUCUUGGACUGCCCCAUAAUUCAUCCCCUGGGGCUGCUACCAGGCCUCCCCUCAGUGCCCUAUCUCCUCUUACCUACAAGGAGAUUCCCUCUGUGGCUCAAGCCAAACUUGUCACUGUGAAGUCCUCCAGAGCCCAGAGCAAACGCAAAGCACCCACGCUUACCCUGCUGAAAGGCUUCAAGAUAUUCUGAUGACUGCACAGCUUUAGGAAAUAUGACGGGCUCCUGUUUUUGACUUACAUUCAAAAGAAAGGAGGCACUUUAUGCCAAUGUGCACAUUUUAUGUCGGCAUCAUGUGACAGAAUGGAGUAACGACAAUGCAGUGAGGCAGAUGACAGUGUAGAAAGAGAGAAUGUAUUCAGUAGAAAUAAAUCAAAUCAACUGGACUUGCUCUGUUUUUUCCUUACAUUGCACCAGUCAUCCAAUUGGCUUUCUUAAUUCAGAAUAUCUUGUAGUUAUUUGAGAAAUUGAGAAAGCCAGUUAAAUGACUGGUGAAGCGACUUCAAGAAAAACACAGCAAGUCCAGUUGAUUUGACUUAUUUCUACAGAUAUAACAUGACCUGGAUGAAUGAGAAUCUUCGCAAACAGAGAAUGUACCAUAUUCGCUUUCAGAAAUAAGUGUUUGCCCUCACUGCAGCUUUGUGUCAAGUCUCACUCUGCUUAUUUAUUCACUACCAAUAAGGACAAGUUUUACUUCAUUUGCCAGUCCAAAGAACAAAGUGAUAAUUUGAAGCA